AUGGCCCAGCGUGGUCGUAGCAAUACAUCAACCGAGGAUUAUCCUCCAACUCUUAGGAAGCCUUACCGUCUUGAAGAGGCCAAUCGACAUUCCUACGACAGACGAUCGGGCCCAAUGAGUUUUCACACGCGGAACGAACGCUCAGGCAGCUUCUCUCGAAGCUUGAAGAAGAAGGCCUCCAAGCUGUUGCGUAGACCCGAGAGUACUGACAACGACAACGACGAUAAUUUGACCUCGCUGCGCACGGUAGACUGGUCUUCAGAGCUCGACGACGCGCCUUUCCAAGCACCAGAGUCGUCGAAACCCCAAAACUCCUUGACUGUCCGGUAUCAACCGAGCUAUCAAGAAGCGUGGAUAAAACAAAACAUCUCCUUACCAUUCGAUUUUCACCAUCUUUCAGCCGUCUCGGGUCACGACUAUGAAAACAUGCAAGAUAUAUCUCCAAAUGAGUUCUCAAGUGAGAUCGGCACAACGUAUCCCACGAGGAACGAACAGGGUAGGAUCAGAGCUCUCGACUUGUCUCAGCAUGGUUUCUCCUUCGGUCUGUCGCCCACAGUAUCAAAUUCCCCUCGCACUUCGCGUCCCACAACGCCUAGGCGGCCGUCAGAUCUCACCGUCUACGAAAGGAGCGUCUCUCCGCUUCUACCUCCCUCUCCUAUCGAAACCCAGUCAUACCAUUCAUCGCCCUCACCUUUCAACAGCCGAUCGCCAACCCCUUCUACAUCUCUUGCCGCCAGCCCUGAGGUCUCGCCCAUUCGACGUGAAUUUAAUCACAAGAUUACCGCUGAUCACACCGAACCUUACAGGACCGAUUCCCAAGUCAAUGAGACUCCUUUUGACUUCUCAGUUCCACAUGCCGUGACCACGCCAGACGAUGCAGCACAUGUGCUCCGGCCCCCACCUUUCGAGAUUCAGAGGACCUACCUUAGCAGGGUGAUCGAAGAAGACGAGAUAUCAGAGGGGAGGCGAUGCUCAGUCUCCACCAUCGUAAGGAGACCUUCUACGUCUGAAUCAUCCGUGAGGCAUGUAAAGUCCUUUCCGAGCGCACAGCAAGCAUUUGGGGGCCAUUCUCGAUCCAAUUCGGGCGAAGCAUACCGUGAAAGCAUUCAGUCCUCUCCAAAGAAGCAGCGUCGGUCCGUCAAGGUCAUUCAACCAUGCUUUGACGAUGCAGAGAACGACGUCCCCUAUCAAAAACCCCAGCACCUUUCGGCCACCGUCAAGGAUACUGACGGCAACUGGGAAGACAUCAUUACUUGGUGCUAUGAUCAACGUGCGGAAGCGGACUGUAACUUCGACUUCACCCGGGCCGCCUCUCCACCGCCGCGCAGCAUCACAGACGAGCCGACCAACCAAGUUUCUAAAGCAGCAGGACCGGCAUCAGGAUUUUCUGAGGUGAACAUCUCGCCGUCAACGAUUGACCGAAUGUCCGCGCACCAGCCCGUACAGUCGCCCAGUCUUCUCGUGAACACAGCUCGCAGCUCGUCUCGUCUAUCACACGAUACCACUCCUGUGGUGUCUGUGCAGAGCAAUCAACGACACUCACACUCCUCCGCUGUAUACAAACGGCCAGAUAAACGAUCAUCAUCGAUCUACUCCGCAUCGCCUCCACUACUUCCUCAGCUACAUACUGCAACAUCCGUUCCAGACUUGCAGCCUCCGUCCGCUAUUUCGAAUCACUCGUCCUUUGAAGCCUGCGAGGCCAUGACUCCAGACGUUGGACCCGAAGCAUUGCCACGCUUCCCUCUGUUCCACUCGAAUUCGAAGCCGAAUUUCUCCAAGCCUGUGGGUCCAUAUUCUCCACACGUCUCAAAUGACAUGACACCUCCAGAACUUUAUGAAGACCUAUGUGGCGAGAAGUAUUCGAGAGAAUCUUGGCAUUAUGGUCGCCCGGAGGGAUCGAUCAUCAGCUCCCCUAUCAGCAAAAGCAGUUCCCAGGAGAGCUUUUCAUUGGCCCGUCGGCAUCGAAGCAACAAUUCACAAGGCAGUCUGCCAGACCUGAUUUCGGGAAGGAACAGCAGAGAGAAAGUGGAGCAUUUCCCGGAACAACUUGCUGAAAACGUGAAUGGGCUCACAAUUGAUGAUAGCACGCUCCAUCGACGCAGCCCGGCGAGUCUAGUGCGAGACGUCGCCCAGAAAAACUUACUAGCCAAGCUGCAAGAGGGAACGAUUGAGGACGCUUGCUCUGCGCAAAUGCCUCUGCCUCUCCACCCCGCUCUAAGGGACGCUGGUCCAAUCAUGGGUCCACCAUCGUAUCCGCCUCGAAAGAGGUCAGAAAGCUCUGCUACCGGCCUCAAGUCCAACCUCAAAAAGAGCGAGACAUCCACAUCAAUGACCUUGUCACUGAUCUCUCCGAUGGUGUUCGUAUCCCUCUCCUCCAAUCCCCUAGAUGAGUCCUCCAUAUCAUUUCAAGAACUCUCGAUUGACGCAGGCUAUGCUCCUCAGGUCAUACUCGUUCACCUCCUCGAACUCCUCUCCCAGACCUCCCUCGGCCGCUACGCCAGCAAACCCAAGUUGCGAGUCCAACGCUUCGAAAAUGUCAAUACAUGCCUCACAUUCAUAAAAUCACGCGGCAUUCAGCUCACCAAUAUUGGUGCUGAAGAUAUUGUUGACGGGAACCAUAAGCGGGACCAUAAAGGCAAUAUGCAAUUGGCAUUCGACAUUGCAAGUAAAGAGAUUGGCAUCCCCGAUCUCUUGGAUGUAGAGGACGUGUGCGAUGUUACGAAGCCUGAUGAACGCUCACUCAUGACUUAUAUUGCAUACUGGUUCCAUGCCUUCUCGCAGAUGGAAAAGGUAGAAAAUGCUGGUAGGAGAGUCGAGAAGUUCGUGACAAGUAUGCAGGGAGCAUGGGGCAUGCAAAAUUCCUUUGAGCAGCGAGUACGAGAUCUUCUAGAAGAGGUUCGCGAGCAGAAGCAGCGCUGGAGAGAGGCAAGUUUCACUGGCACAUAUGCAGAUGCCAAAGAGCAGUCCGUAGAAUUCUCAAUUUAUAGACGAAGUCAGAAGCGGAAGUGGGUCGCGGAGAAAUCUGACCUCGCGGCUCUACUUGGAAAUAUCAAGACCAAGAUGAGUACUUACCGGCUGCGCGCUUAUGAACCGCCGCGGGAGUUGCGGCUUGAGGUGUUGGAUGAAGAAUGGAGUAGCUUGUUGCAGUCAGAAAGACAAAGAAGCCAAAUCAUCAACGAGACAAUUCGCGACAUCAAAAACGAGCUCCGCCGCGCUUUCGCCCAAAAAGCCAAUUCAUUCGCCGAAACACUCUCCACCAUCUCCCUCGCCAUCGCCGGCCUCUCGGGCGAGAUCCCCGACCAACUUUCCCACGAGGCCAACAUCGACGAAAACGACUUCACCACCUACACGUACGACGAGCUGUCGUACGAACUCGAUCUCGUCAAGGGCGCCGUAAGCGCGAAGAUGGGCUUCCUCGAGAACCAGAUGGUGGCGAGGGAGAUGACGAAUUUGACGCCCAUCCAGCUGGAGGAGUUCGAGAGUGUGUUUCGCCAUUUUGAUCGGGAUGGCAGUAAUACGCUGCAGGAGGCGGAGUUUGGGGCUGCGUUGAGUAGUCUGGGGGUGGUGUUUGAUGAGGAGGAGAUGAGGGGGAAGUUUGUGGAGGUUAGUGAGGGGCAUUCGAGGCGGGGCGUCACAUUCGAGCAAUUCAUCCGCUUCAUGGUCGAUGUCACUGAGGACCAGAACACAGCCGAGCAAGUCUUCCAGAGCUUCAAAGAGGUGGCUGAUGGAAAGCCCUACGUAACAGAACUCGACCUCCGCCACUCCCUAGUCCCCGAAGAAAUGAUCGAGGACCUCCUCACCAGCAUGCCGGCGCACAAAGGCCCCGAUCUACUCGAGGACAGAGAUGUGCCUAAGUAUGAUUAUGUGGGAUUUAUGGAGAGGAUGACGCUGGGGAACGAGGAGGGGGGUGGGGGUGAGCAGAAUGGAGGAAGUGGGGGAACAGGUGCGAAUGGGCGGUGA